CACUUCUACCACUAGCGUAUGGAAACCUAGCCAUCCAGCAAGAGCUCUUCUUCGUCAGUGAGCCCCUCCCCGCUCGGCGGCGUCACCUAAACCUAAUCCUCUUUCUCGCUCUCCCACGCGCUCUCUCUCUUUCUCUCUUCCUCAUUGUGUUUCCAAGAUGAAUAGGGAGAAAUUAAUGAAGAUGGCUGGUGCUGUCCGCACCGGCGGGAAGGGUAGCAUGAGAAGAAAGAAGAAGGCCGUACAUAAAACCACAACGACCGAUGAUAAAAGGCUUCAGAGCACCCUGAAGAGGAUUGGAGUAAAUGCAAUCCCAGCUAUUGAAGAGGUUAACAUAUUUAAGGAUGAUAUUGUUAUCCAGUUCUUAAAUCCGAAAGUACAAGCUUCUAUUGCUGCCAAUACUUGGGUGGUUAGUGGAUCUCCUCAGACGAAAAAGUUACAAGAUCUUCUGCCUGGGAUCAUCAACCAACUUGGACCUGACAAUCUGGACAAUCUGAGGAAACUUGCUGAGCAAUUCCAGAAACAAGAACCUGGUGCAGCUAAGCCUGAUGAUGAUGAUGAUGAUGAUGAUGUUCCAGAACUUGUCGCAGGGCAGACAUUUGAAGCUGCAGCAAAUGAUGGUGCAGCCUCAUAGAGCAUCAGGGUUUACUUGCACACCCUCCCACACUCUGUGUCUCUAGUUCUUGUUUUGCUUGUGACCAUUUGAGUAGUCGUGUUUGGUGGCGAUGCACUUUUGGGGAAUUUUAGGUUUAAAUGUGUAUGAGAGAUACAUGAUGGAUGGUAAUCAAGGUAUAAUUUUGUUUUGGUUC